UCAGGUUCAGUUUUUUGUGGAGCAUUGGGUUAUUUCAUUGUUGACUUCUGGGUCUUGUCUGUUUUUUUCUUUCUUGGAAGAUGGGGUUGGUUGAAUCACGUUUCAUUAGUUGAUGAUAUAUAGCGCAAUUUGCGUGAUUGCUCUUCAUUUAUUUAUAAUUUUUUCUGCAACUCUUGAGAUACUGGAAGUUGGAACCACUCUGGUUAGUUUCUGAUUUACAGUAGUAUAUUAUUUACUAAAACCUAUUUAGAUGUCAAAAUCUUACCGUGGAAACUACGUAGUUUUGAUGACAUGAAACCAAACAUCCUACAAUAUAUUACCUCGUCGUCAAGUUUAUGGUCUUGUGGCUAAAUUACUUGUUGGCUGGUGAAUUUGAACUCAAUUUCCAAACGAUUGUUGCUUCAAAUCAUCUGUGAGCAUGUUUCGCCUCUGGAGCAGUUCCCAUCACCAAGACAAUGAUCCCUUGCAGCAUGAAGUGAAGAUCAAUGAGCUGAAGGCUGCAAUUGGACCGCUAUCCGGGCGUAGUUUACAGUUCUGCACUGAUGCGUGCUUCAGGAGAUAUUUGGAGGCACGGAAUUGGAACGUAGACAAAGCCAAGAAAAUGUUGGAAGAAACACUUAAUUGGAGAUCAACCUACAAGCCUGAGGAAAUCUGCUGGCGCGAAGUUGCAAAUGAGGGUGAGACUGGAAAAGUUUACAGAGCAAGUUUUCGUGAUCGUAGCGGGAGGACUGUUCUUAUACUGAGACCAGGAAUGCAGAACACGGUAUCAAUAGACAAUCAAAUGCGUCAUCUAGUCUAUCUCAUAGAGAAUGCUGUCUUCAACCUUCCUGAGGGCCAAGAACAGAUGGCGUGGUUGAUAGACUUCACCGGGUGGACGCUAAGUACUACCGUGCCUGUCAAAUCUGCACGAGACACCAUCAAUAUUUUACAGAACCACUACCCUGAGAGAUUAGCCGUAGCAUUUCUCUACAACCCCCCGCGGAUUUUUGAAGCAUUUUGGAAGAUUGUCAAGUACUUCUUGGACAACAAGACAUUCCACAAGGUCAAGUUUGUUUACCCCAAGAAUAAAGACAGCGUGGAGCUUAUGAAGCAAUAUUUUGAUGAGAAAAAUCUCCCUACUGAGUUUGGAGGGCAUGCCAUACUAAACUAUGACCAUGAGGAGUUCUCGAAAUUAAUGACUCAAGAUGAUGUGAGAUCAGCUGCCUUUUGGGGUCGCGAUGACAAGCUACCACAUUAUGGUAACGGGCAUUCUGGAGCCGAGGUGGCUCCUGAACCGGUGUGCCUUGCACCGGUAGCCAGCUGAAUCAUCACCGGAAACCUCCAUAGCAGGAGCUCAUAAGUAUAUGAGAAUAAGUGAGAUGGACUAACUGGGUGAGCUGGUAAGCUAACAUGAGCUUAGAGCCUGCAAGCAACAAUCCGGCAGGAAUUGUAUUAGUUCCUUGGGGACCUUUUCUCUUGCAGGAGAGGUAUCUGAGUGCCGUGGCGAGAGACUACAUUACAACUAGACAUAUUUAGUUACUACAUUACCAUUUAAAAAACGAAGUAGCGAUCUGAUUUUAUUUUAUUAUAUUCUAUGGAUACUGUUCCUUAUCUGAUAUAUCCGUUUCAAGUCCUAUGCCAAAGUGACAGGAUCAUUUGACUUCCAACUGAGAAAUUAAAUCAGAUCUUGAAAUACACUUUUAUGUC